AGAUCAAACUUUGGUUCCAUGUCAAAAAAAAAGACAUUGGUCAUAUUAGCCUGCUGAAGUCACAAUAGGAUUAUGGUUGUAUGGUCUGCUCUGGUAGUUAUCUUCGGUGUUAUAUAGAGUUUGGAAAUAUCACUACUUUUUUUUAAAUUUGAUUUUUCAGCUUGUUUACAGUCUGAAGGUCUACUUCGAGCAGCAUACUGAUUUUCAAUCUGUGACCUGAGCUGAACGUAUCGCUGACCGAAAGUCCACCUUGAACAGUAAGUACGUAUCUAAGCUUGGUUGAUAUGAUUUAUAACUCACACUGAGGAGCUUCUGUAUUAGACCAUGACAAGAAUACAGCUGCUGGUCUAAAUAGAGAAGAGGGCAUAAGGUUGGUAAAUCAGAAACUUAUUUUUGGGGCAUCACAAAUGAAGAGUCCUGCACAGGGGACCAUAAUUGUGUCGCUUUGCUCAAAUAGUAAGAAAGUCUUUGUACCAACUUCAGGGGUCAGGAAGCCUGGAGUGAAACCUGAGCAACUAAACAUUAAAAGAUUUAAAAUCUAAAACAUAUUUUGAAGAUUUGUGAUUUAAAAGUGAGCUAAUGUUAAAAUAGUAACUUGAGCUGGAUUUCUAUCAUGUCUAAUACUUAAAUUUAUUACCGCUAUUUGACAGACUGAAGAGGUUAAUCCCAGGAAAGUUGGUGCAGUUUGGAAAGUAUCUGGGAGACUUUUCCAUUUUUUCUUUUCUGUGCAAUAAAAUCUACCAAGACUGAGGAUCAAAACACAGCCUUGCAUUUUAAAACUCAGACAGAAUUGGUGGGAUGGUAACAUUAGAAAAUUAUCAAAAAAGAUUAAAAAAUUAGUUUAUUACUAAGUUUGUUACAUAAUUAAACAAAGCUAUUUGAUCUAAACAAGCAACUGAGGAGAAAAUUUCAAACAAGACGGUAUUUUGGAAAAAUUCAUAACCAAAGUCCUCAGAGAAUUUCACUUUAAAUGGAUUAAUCCACGUAUUUGUAUUCUGGGUCGAUAACUCGACUAUGUGCUGAUAACACUUUAUGUUACUGGCAUGUAGUUUCAUACUGUACUUAAAUUAAAAUGCAUAAACUUUUUUUGUAUUCAAAGCAAUUUCGAGAAACCUUCAAGUUUUCAUGUCAUGCCCUGUAAAUUGUUGCAUCUUUUGUUUUACUACUUUUGUUCUACUGCUGGUUUGACCUUGAACCCCUCACAGAAUAAUCGUAUUAAUCCUGAUUAAUCAGAUAAAAAGUGGAUUUCAUACCUGGCUUAUGAUUUUUAGCUAAUAGUACCCACAAUAAAACCUGGCUGAGUUUACCUGGGUGCUUUGGGUGAAAGGAAGAAUGACAGCCCAGCAGCAGCAGAGUUGACAGAGUUGUUUCAAGCUGCAGUCAAAGGUUCUGUAUCUUGGCUUAAUUGGAUGCACAAUGCUAAUGUCAUUGGCCGUUGAGGUUUUGGUCCCCCUUUGCGAGACACUAUUUUGCAACAUAAACUGCACUUUGUCUCCUUUCUGUCUUUUGCUUCGGUAAAAUGAAGCCAAGUUUUGAACCUCAAAAUGUCUAUUACACUGUGUGCACAAUUAUUAGGCAAGUGACUAUUUUGAUCAUAUCAUCAUUUUUAUGCAUAUUUUCCAACUCUAAGCUGUAUAAACUUGAAUGCUUAUUGGAUAUAAGCAUAUCAGGUAUUGUGUAUUAGUGUAAUGAGGGAGGCUGGGGCCUAAGGAGAUCAAAACCCUAUAUCAAGGUGUGCAUAAUUAUUAGGCAGCUUCUUUUCCUCAGGUAAAAUGGGCCAAAAAAGAGAUUUAAAUGACUCUGAAAAGUCAAAAAUUGUAAAGUCUUUCAGAGGGAUGCAGCACUCUUGAAAUUGCUUAGAUAUUUGGGCGUGAUCACAGAACCAGCAAACAUUCUGAUGCAAAUAGUCAACAGGGUUGCAAAAAUGUGUUAAGAAAAAAAGACGCAAAUUAACUGCCAAAGAUUUGAGAAGACUCAAACGUAAAGGUACCAGGACCGCUUAUCCUCCGGUGCUGUCAUAUUCCAAAACUGCAACCUACCUGGAGUGCCCAGAAGUACAAGAUGAUCAGUGCUCAGAGACAUGGCCAAAGUAAGGAAAGCUGAAAUCUGACCACCACUGAACAAGACACAAGUCGAAACGUCAAGACUGGGCCAAGAAAUAUCUGAAGAGAGAUUUUUCAAAGGUUUUAUGGACUGAUGGGAUGAGAGUGACUCUUGACGGACCAGAUGGAUGGACCCGUGGCCGGAUCAGUAAUGGGCACAGAGCUCCACUUCGAAUCAGACACCUGCAAGGUGGAGGCGGGGUACUGGUAUGGGCUGGUAUUAUUAAAGAUGAGCUAGCUGGACCUUUUGGGGGAAAGAUGGACUUAAAAUCAACUCCCAAAUCCAAUGCCAGUUUUUAGAAGACACUUUUUUCAAACAGUGGUACAAGAAAACCAUGAUUUUUAUGCAGGACGAUGCUCCAUUGCAUGCAACAAAGUACGCCACUAUGUGGCUCGCCAGUAAAGGCCUUAAAAAUGAAAGAAUAAUUACGUGGCCUCCUUCUUUACCUGACCUAAACCCUGUUGAGAACUUGUGAGCCCUUCUUAAACGGGAAAUUUACAGUGAAGGAAGACAGUACACCUCUCUGAACAGUGUCUGGAACAGUGUCUGGAAGGCUUUGGUUACUGCAACACAAAAAGUUGAUCAUCAACAGAUCAAGAAACUGAAAGACUCCAUGAAUGAAAGGCUUAUGAGUGUUAAUGAAAAGAAGGGUGGCUAUAUUGGUCACUGAUUUUUUUUUUAAAUUUCAACAAUUUUUAUUUGUAAAUUGAGUUGUUUGUUUAUCAUACUCACUUGAACAAGUGAAAAUAAACAAGUGAGAUGGAAAAUUUUUCAUUUUUAAUUUAGUUGAUUAAUAAUUCUGCACACUAAUAGCUGCCCCCAAUAAUUGUGCACACAUAGAUAUUCUCCUAAGGAAGCCAAAAUCUCACUUUUACUCCCUUAAAUAUUCAGGUUUGAGGUUUAUUAACAUUUUGGAUUGACUGAGAGCACUGCAGUUGUUCAAAAAUAAAAUUUAUCCUCAAAAACACAACUUGCCUAAUAAUUGUGCACACAGUGUAAUGUGUCUGCACAAUGGAGGCCCCUUCUUUAUAUACCUGUGUGCCAUUAUAAAAUAUCAGUUUCUUUAACACAUGCUGAUAACAACAACACUAAAAAUGUGAUCUGUUAUGUUUACAUUACUUUGCAGAGAAAUGGCAGGUGGGAUGAGGAAAUGGAGGGCUUUGAGACUCCUGAUCUUCUUCAGCCUCCUUAGCCUCUCCGGACAAUUUGGUAAGAAAUCUUAUGUCCAGCCCCCUCAUGAAUGUUAUUAUUUUACAAGAUUUUCAGCCAUAUUACAGCAAAAAAGAUGAAAACAAUAAUAUUGCUGAAAGAAAAGCUAAAAGAAAAUCAUGGUUUGUGUCAUUCAAGACAAAGUGUUAUAUAAAUUCUGCCUGGCUGUUUCUCCUUGCUGCUACUCCAAAAUAUGUGAUUACAAGUUAAUUCAAGGGUUAAAAAAUACUUAUAUAAACAGACUCUACUGGCUGAAAAUUACAGGAGGAGAUUACUGAUGUCUAACUAACGGCAGGAGAAAAAGCUUUAGAUGUAAAGCCAUCAGAUAGCGAAAGCUCUGCCAUCAAAUCUGUACAUAAAUAAGUGAGGUACAGACUGAGUGCCCCCUCUACAGGCCAUUUACAAGAACACUGAAUUUACUCCAAGAACAGAAAGAAACUCAAACCAUCCCUACUUUGAUUUCCACAAUUCAUUUCCUUUUCGGCAGGGAACAGGCGACAACUCGUCUGUUUCUGCAAGUAAUGGCGUCAGUCAGUAGAAAAUAUCUGCAUCAAAUCAUGUAGCUGAUCCUGACGUGUAAAGUUUAUUUGACAGAGGUGAAAGAGGAUGAGUGGGAGGAGCUCGGAACUGAUAUUGCCGCGCUGCACCGCCUUAAAGGACUGUCAGAGCAAAUGUUUCAUGAGAGGAUCCAGCAGCCUCGCACACAAAGGUAUCCUGAACAUCAUCUCCUUUUUUGCCUUGAUCAUUCAGUUUGAUCUCAAAAAAGAAACAUAAAGCAGGCACUAUUUCCUGUCCAUGCUGACGAGCUGAAAUGAUAGCAUGUUGAAUUAAAACACAGUAGGUGAUUGAUUUGUGAAUUAAAAGGUAAAAAGGACUGUUUCUGUCUCAGGGACGCAUCCAUCCAUGUCACCAGAGUGAAGAGAUCCAGUAAAAAGUAAGAAAGUGUUGAGAGAAUUUCUGAACAUAUGAUACUGUUACUUGCUUAAUUGGCCUUUAUUGGACCAUCUGAGUGUGUAGUGCAGAGAUAGGCACAGUUUACUUUUUGCAAGUCCUAGUCAAGUCUCUCAUAGUGUCAGUAAAUGACAACAGGUAGGGGGGGACUAAGUUAGAGACACCGCAAAAUAAACCCUGAAUCCGCCCCUGACACCCUCAUCUCACUUGUCACUAUUUUGUACUAUCAUUGACCAAUUCAUGCAGUUUUAAUAUGAGACGCUAUACACAGAAGAGUCACACCUGUGAUAUCUGAAGCUUCUGACGUCCCUAGUCAUGUGGCUUUUCAUCUUCCAAACAUGCUCCGAUACUCCAAUGUACAAUUGGUAUGAAGAGAAAACAUUCAAGAGCUGACUGCUAUCUGCACAUGCUUGUAGAUAAGGUUUUGUGUAAUUUAAUUUGAACUAAACUAUGGCCAUAUAACAGCAGAUAGUUCAAUUACAGCCAGAGCACUUUGCCUCCUCUGUUUCACACAGAUUGGACCUGCUAAAGUGGUAGAUUCUCAGAUCCUUUCCUGUAAAGGGUGGAAACAGUUGGUAGAUGUAAACUUGUAGCUGACAGCCUGAGGUGCACAUACUGCACAUGAGGUCGACUCUGUGGUGACAUACUCCAAAAACUACAGUCUGGGUCAUCAUUAAUAUAAUAUGAGCUGUUCAAGGAUUAAUAAAGCUUGUGUAACAAUUUUCAAUGGGAUUAGCAUCUUUAUCUGUUUCCAGGUUGGACCUUGACCAAAACCCAACGCUUUUGCAUGAUGAAUUGGAUAAAUGUCAGGAGAGUUUUACAUCUUGUGUGAUCCAAGCUGAGCAGGUUGGUGGAUUGUUAAAGAAACAGAGUUAUAAACAAAGAGUAAAAUUGGUUUCAGUAUGUAUGUAUGCUCAAUUUGGUAUCAGUAUGUAGUCACUUAAUCAGGAUUCAAGGACUGAAAUGCUCUAGAACCAGAGAUGCUGCUGAGAAAAGGCCUAUCUGUAUAAUGUUGUUGUUGUAGUAUUUUAACACCUGUCUGAAAUAUUUGUGCCACUGAACUGUAGGGCCCCGUAUUCAAGAAGUCAAUUUUUAGAUGUGUAAGCUGUUCAUAACUUUAUUUCACCUUAAUUUUAUAUUUUAAUUUGCUUUGAAUUUGCCUUUUAAUUUGCUGCCCCAGGAUUUGGAGAGCUUCUUAUCAGCCAUUGAUGAUCACAAAAUACAGGACUGGCUCUUCAGUGCAUCAGAGGUCUCGUACAGCUACAGCCAAAAACUUCUGGUCAUGACUGAUGAGGAUGAGGCAACAAAGGAGAGAGUACAACAGGAGUACAUUUUAGAUCCUCUGUACUCCGUGAAAGUCAGCAGAGAUUGCCUAAACAAUGCCUCGUGUCUCCCGGGGGCAGAUGGAUCCACUGUGGUGAAAAUAUUUGGGAAGGUUUCAGAUGAUGGACACAGUGUUUCUGGUCUGUCUGGAUCCUCCCUCGCAGAGCUCAUGUUGAUGCCAUCAUUCAAAGGUGUCCCUGUGUUCUCCCUGGAUGGAAACACAACAGCAGACUUCCACCGUAACUUUGUUCGAGUUUUAAUGGUCCAUGGCAACAGAGCAGUCUUGGAAACAAACAAGGGCAAUGAUAAGAUUUACCAAGUCAUGAAUGAACCUGACACAGUUUCUACACGCCAAUUACCCCAACAGCCGAUUGACCACACCACACAGUACGACAACCAACAUAUCCUCAUGCUGCAAGAUAAUAGUGCAGUCAGAGCAGCUGCCGAAGCCCUUUAUGAGAAGCACCCCUCAAGUAGCUCUCUCUAUAUUCUUGAUAACAAUCAAAUACCAAAACUGGUGAAGGGGGAGCAUGUUCCUCUGUCAGAGAACAGCAGACUAAGUCUAGUCGGCCAUGGCCAUAAGGACAGUUCAGAAAAGAUGAAACUGGCUGGUUUCACAGCAUCACAAAUAGAAAAGAUUGUUGAACGAACUGACAGGAUCGGCGAUAAAAUCAAAACCAUCAACAUAGUGGGCUGUGAUGUGGGAUCAGAUGAAUCGUUUGCUGAAACACUGCUCAAAGGGCUCCAUGACAAUGCUGGAAUUGAGACAGCCCUUCACCUCAGGGACACUGUCAUCCAGGUCAAAUCCACAGGAGAGAAAAUCACCCAAGAGAUCACUACUGAUGGGGUAAGGUGGCGACUCAAGGAUGAAACUAGUAAACUUGUGGCCACGCUUGAUGCCAAUGGGAACGUAAUCACCAGACAAAAGUCUGACAGUAAAGGAAAGGUUGUAUUUACAGAUGAAAGGAACAUCCUUGGAAAAAAACAGAUAGAAGAACGAUUCCUAAAGUACAGACAUAAUUCACCCAAAGACCCAAAACGAUUUAUUAAUGAGAAAAUAUUUAAAGAAUUUCCAAAUCCUGAACAAGUGCGAGGGCGCUUUGAUGAACUGCAAGCUAUGUCUUGGGGACUCUUUCAUGAAGAAGUACCCCUUCCCCCAGUGGUAAACACAGAAAACUUGGAAAUCUCAAGCCAAUAUGAAAUAGGAAUAAAAAGAAAUAACAAAAUGUUGUGGGUCUCUACUGAAAAGAAGAAAAAAGAAAUUCUCUCCAAGUGUUAUGAGAUUAAAUCAGGAGAGGAUGUACGGAGUGUCAUCCAUAACUACGCCACGGAGGGACAAGAUGAUAUUACAUACCUGAUGAUCAAUGAUUGGAUACUGUCUGUAGAUCCCCAAAGCUUGUAUGUCUAUCCAAUUGGCAAAAAACUUGACAACAAUCAAAGAGAAAGCCAACAAAGGAAGGAAAUUCGGGGCUAUAUUGAAGAACAAAUCGGCAAUGAAAAAUAUCCAGAAAUGCAAAGACACAUUCUUGGAAACUCUCCUGAGGCAGAAUAUACAGCAAAAACAGAGUAUGCCAACUUUGUGAGAAAUGUGUUUGUUGGAGAUCGUACAGCUAGCAUUUCACCAUCCACUGAGGCAUGGUACGCCACUCAUUUUGCUGCAUCCGUCAUAUCUGAAUCCGUCAGAAACUUCAGAACUCUCCCUCUGGUUCUUAUGGCCCUGACUAUGACCAAAAGUGAUAAUAAUAAUGUGCGAGAGAAGGGACUGAGUUUUCUCUUUGAAGAGCAUCCCAUGGCAAGAGGGGGGAGCUGGAUUGACCCAGGGUCUAGGGGACAUUUUGGCACUGCAACACCCGAAGGUUCAAGCAAAUUAACAAACAAAUAUAACCCUUCAAAUCUGGGACAGUUAAAGAAUGCACUGAAUAAAGUACUCCACAAAGAAGAUGCCUUCAACAAAUUUUGGAGUGAAACGUACGGUGGAGAUGUUAAGUCUCAGUUAUUAAAGAUGGCAGAAAAUUUCAAGUUAACAGGAAGUAAUGAAGAAGGACUAAAAACCAUCUCCAAAAAUUAUGAGGAUUUCAAAAACACAUUGGAAGCAAUAGACUUUUCAAGGGCAUCUGCAGAUAGCAGCAUCAUACAAGCAUCUGGCGCAUUAGGAGGCUACGAUGAUGGUCACGUAACCUCUCAGGAUAUCAGAUCUGCCUCACAAUUAGAAAAUUCCGUCAAACUUGAAUCAUAUUACUCCAGGGCAAGAGCACUGUCAUCUGAGGAACUUCGAAAUCAUAUACAGACCAACUAUGGGGAGAACCUGAAGGGGCUCAGGGUCAAGGAAGGCAGUGCCAAGAUCAAGAAUGGACAGUUUAUAUGUCACCUUGAGGUUGAUGGAGUUGAACCUCGUGAAUUAAAGUUCCAGUUAUCUCCAGAAAGUCAACACUACAAUGAAAAAGUGAAGAGCAUGAUUAACACAGUGGCCCAUGAAACAGAUACUCACAGCACAGUCUCCGCACACACGGGCAAUAACAUUAUGGAGCACGCUGCAACCACUGUUGGAGCCCUUGGCCUUCUGUUGGGUUUGAAAGGAGCAGUACGUGCCUUCGAAGAGGGUCACGUUAAAGAGGGUGUGAUUGGGACUUUUCAAACAGUUCAUGGGGUGGCAGCUAUUACAACGUCUGCAAUCGCAAAAGUAGCCCUGUCCUCAGAAACAAGAAUAGCCAAAGCUGCUGCAGUAAUCAUGAAAAACCCUGCAAUGAAGGGUACAAUGGCUGUGAUACCCUUAGUGGGGAUUGGAUUUGGGAUAUACAAUGUCGGACAAGAUUUAGCGAGAAAAGACACACUAGGAUACAUUGAUGCUGCCUUUGAUGGGACUAUGGUUGCCCUUGAUUUUGUUGAGUUAUUCCAGCCUGAACUGAUGCCAUUUAUAGCACCGGUAAACCUGGCCCUGUCAACAGUUCGGAUGGUCUUUGAUGAUAUUUUCAUGGGCGUCCAGGAUGAGCUUAACAGUCUUCCUCCAGAUGCUGGAAUUUUGGAGAAAGUAGUAGCUGUCGCUUUAGGCAUAGAGGAGGGAAUUUUUGAUUUUGAAAUGCAUGUACUCAGUAUCAUCUUUGAUUUUCAUUACGAUGAAAUAAAGCAGGGGCAGAAAAUUGUGGAAGAGAUGUCUGACUAUCAUCGGUACUACAAAGUCAUAACUCAAGAUGAUGGAACAAGUGCCAUUGAUUUCAACUUGUCUUGGAACGGAGGAGGUAUACAAUUUGUCCUCGCUGAGCAAGGACCAUCAGAGCUCUGUAUGGACUAUUUCUUAUCCAGGGAUGAGAAAAUCAGGAAAAGAUGUUGGAGCAUUGAUACAAAAGGCAGCAAUGAUAUCAUUCUCGGCCUUGGGCAGUCCCAUCAGUUAGAGUACAAAGAACUAGAAAUGAAAGUUCUUUUCUUCAUACCCGUUGGUACUGUGACAGUGGUCUCAAAUACAACGGCGAUACAAAGUUCAAGAUAUGGCAGAUACACAGGAAAUAGCAAUGCCAAUCGUUUUUUUGCCAUUCAGACAGCGGAUCAUAACCACCCAAUUGAAUACAUGCUCAGUUAUUAUUACAUUCUUUCUGGUGAACCAGGAGAUGACAUUUUCUUCCUUGGCCCUCAGAGAAGUUAUGUUUAUGGUGCUGGUGGAAAAGACACAUACCUUAUUCCAAAAAAAGGAGGUAAAACAAUAAUUAACAACUAUGAUCAGGACAAAGCACAGGACACCCUUCACUUCAGUGUUCCCUACAGAGACAUCUCUGUGUCUAAAUCAGGGGAUAGCGUUGUUUUAAUGUAUGAGGGCAGUCACACUGUGAUGAUAGAAGGAUGGUUUUUGGGAGAUACGUAUCAACACAUGAACAUGAUGUCAGAAGACGGGGUCUUAUUCGAGAUUUCCCCCACUGUCAUUUCUUCUGUACAGCUGGUAGCCAAAGGGAUAAAUUGCAUGUUUGAAAAGCAGGGCAGGACUGUGAACACAUUAGUGCCACUUUUACAAACAGUGAUAAACAUUCUUGGGUCCAAAUACGACGACGUUCUCAUCGGAAAUGAACAGAGGAACUUGCUAGAUGGAGGUGGGGGUCAUGAUCUAUUAAAAGGUGGUGAGGGAGAAGAUAUGUACAUCGUCAAAAGCAGUACUCAGUCCUCAAUUGUGAUCGACAAUUACUCUGAUGAUGCUAAAACAGACCUGGUCACAAUAGAAGCCAAUCUUCAUUCCUUUAGUGUAAGAGUAGAUCAUCAAAAUCUCCUUCUGUAUGCUUCUCGGGACAACACAUAUUUCUUUGUGACCUUAAAGGGGUGGUUUAUCUCACCAGCACACAGGCAUUUAUUUAUUGUCACAAAGGAUAUGAUCACCUUCACACUUUCAGACAAUGUGACCAACUGCAUGAGUAGUGACCCCUUCACAAGGUGCAUCAGAAGCAGCAACAUUGACUACAGCAAAUCCCCAUCUGCUCUUGUGGUGGACCUUGAGAAGGACGAGGCUCUGGACGGUGUGACAGAGAUCCGUGGGUCACAUUUGAGCGAUGUCAUCAGAGGCAAUAAGGAACACAAUGUGAUCAUCCCAGGAGAAGGAAAUGAUUAUGUUGAAGGCAGAGGAGGAGAGGACUGGUAUGUUAUAACACCAGGCCAAGGAACAAAAACCAUCAACAAUCAAUCACCAGAUACAGCUCUGGACUAUCUGUUUCUAAAAGAAGGAUUUCAAAAUAUAGUCUGUGAUUGUAAAGGACAGAAUAUUAUCAUUUCACUACAUGGUCGAGUAGAUAUCAUUUUACAGAACUGGUUUGUUUCAAAGAACCAUCAGCACCUGCAAAUCAAGACCGGCGACGGAGUAACAGCAGGACUGAUCUCAGACAUUAGCAACUGUGACAGGUCUUUGAUGCUACCUUUAACUUUUGACUUUACAAAACAGAACCCUGAACCUCUUUUUCCAUUCCGAAUGAAAUUCCUGAGAUGGUUGGCAAAUGUAGAGUCAGAUUCACUUGACAUAAGAUAUUAUCCGCAUUAUAGUUUCAGCAAAAGAAUGGCGCUGACAGAAAUUUUUAGUAGUGAUGGCAAAGUGAUGGUGAUGGAUAGAGUUAAUUCAGUCAAAGAAAUGUUGGGCUCCCCUGGUUUCGAUAUCAUGGUCGGGAACAGCAACGCAAAUGUGCUUGAUCCUUACACUGGAGGUGCACUAUUAAUUGGAGGCGGAGGUAAAGACAUUUACAGAAUCAAACGUGGAUACGGAUACAGAAUCAUGAUUGAUAACUUUGCAGAAGAUCAAAAUACUGAUACUGUUCUGGUUGACAUGGAUUUCCUCAGUGGCAGCCAAGUCACCCUGGACUCAUAUGAAAGAGAUGUGAUCAUUUCAAUCACAACAAACGGGGAAAAAAUACGAUUGCAGCUGCUCAAUUACAAUAAUGGGUUUCAACACCAGCAUGUGGAAUUUCAGAGUUCUGAUGGGGUAAAGUUUUUACUAAAAUCAGGUAACUCAACUGGAGAGUUCCCUACCUACGAAAUGGAGGCCUUUAAAGUAACUCUGAAAACAUCUCAGGUCGACUGCCGUUUGGACCUCAGCUCUCAGACAAAUUUGUCUCAGGUGCAUACAGUGCAAGGCUGUCCCUCUCUAUCCAAUAACAUACUGGGUAAUGCUCAUGACAAUGCUCUAAUUGGUGGGUGGAAAAAUGAUGUCUUGGAAGGAGGCGCAGGAAAAGACACACUGAUCGGAGGAGCUGGGAAUGACAUCCUUAUCGGGGGUAUCGGGGAUGACACCCUUUAUGGUGAGGAUGGAAAUGACACCAUGAUGGGGAACUUUGGUUCUGAUGUCUUCUUUCCUGGACCCGGGGCUGAUCUUGUUGAUGGAGGACCAGGAAAAGACACUGUUCUUUACCGGGGGGAUCAUGACACUGGUAAAGGGGUUUAUGUCAACUUGCUAAUUGGUCAAGGCCGCUAUGCUGAUGCUGAGGGGGAUGUGCUGAAGGAUGUGGAGACUGUAAUUGGAACCAUCUACUCUGAUAUUUUAGUGUCUGGUUAUGAAAGCUGUCUCCUUAAAGGUUCAGAUGGUGAUGAUAUCUUAGUGUCCACUGGCGAUGAUUACCUGAUUGGGGAUGAUGGAAAUGACAUCUAUAUGCUGGCCUUUCACCACGGCGCCGUCACCAUUAACAACUGUGCAAAAGACAAUGCCAUGGACGUGUUGUAUCUGAGCUCAGGGUUAACACCAACAUUUGACCAUCAGCUUUUAUCUGACGGAGUUCUUCUGACAUUUUACGGACAGAACCAAACUACCAUUAAGAUUUUCCUAAAAGGCUGGGUAAAUGACAGUAGUGAAUGUGGUCAUCUGAGAUUAAUUUUUAGCGAUGUGGAGGUUUCAGUGGACUGGUUGCUAAAUAGGUGUCAGAGAAGACAGUCCAACUGAGAAGUCUGGUUUUCAUCCUGAGAUUGUGUUUUUUUGGCAUUGGUUUUGUCCUCUCUGGCCAUUGGGUGAUUAAAACAAAGAAUCUUCAGCAGCGUUGACAUCCUAUCAAUAUUUUCUUGUUCACUGAUCUGUAUUAAACUUCUCUGCUUUGCAA